AUGUUCUUAAAGAGUGUUGUAAAAACUAAAGCUUUACGACUUCCAUCAGCGCGCAGACUGCUUCCUUUUGUAAGUCAAUACUACAGACGUCCUUCUUUGAGUUUAUGGAAGAUGAGCCAGCAAAAUAGUUUGUCUCCUUUUGAAGAGAGAAAUAAGAUUUUCAAACCCAUAGUUUGGGUCGAUUGUGAAAUGACAGGUUUAGACCAUGUUAACGAUCGUAUUAUCGAGAUAUGCUGUAUUAUAACGGAUGGGAACUUAAAUAUAAUAGAUGAGACUGGUUAUGAGAGUGUUGUCCACUGUGAUAAGUCAGUCUUAGAUAACAUGAAUGAAUGGUGUAUUGAACAUCAUGGGAACAGUGGUUUGACUGCUAAAGUACUCGCCAGUGAUAAGACCAAGGAGCAAGUUGAAACUGAGUUGUUAGAUUACGUUAAAAAAUAUAUUCCUGAGAAAAAUACGGGUAUCUUAGCGGGUAAUUCUAUUCAUAUGGAUAGAUUGUUUAUGUUGAAAGAAUUUCCAACUGUGAUCGAUCAUUUAUUCUACCGAUUAAUUGACGUCAGUACUAUAAUGGAAGUUUCGAGGAGACACAAUCCUGAUCUGGCUAGCGUUUUCCCAAAAAAGGAAACCGCACAUACUGCAAAGAAAGAUAUUCUAGAGAGUAUAGAGCAAUUAAGGUGGUAUAUGAAGCACUACCUGAAAAAUACCGAGGAGACUAAAGCAUUUGUCGAAGUUGCUGCUGUGGAGAAGAGAAGACUCGAACAAGAAGGACUGGCGACAUUAUCUGACAGCACCGUCAAAGUAAAUCAAAAUAUCACUAUCGAAGUUGAAACUGAAGAAACAACGAUUGAUGUUGUCAACGUAGACAUUGAGACAAAAAAGAAACACAAGAAGAAGAGUAGCAAGAGGAAAGAAUCAAAAUCUAGCGAUAAAUCUAAAAAGAGGAAGAAAGAAAAAGAAGAUGACAGAUCCUCUUCAAAAUCCAAAAAGAAAUACAAGAAAAAGUCUCAAUCUUCUUAA